AUGAAGUACAAUAACAGUGUAAAUCAAUUCAAGCUCUUAGGUUUGACACAGGAUCCAGACAGACAGAAAAUAGUAUUUAUAAUUUUUUUCAUUUUCUAUGUGGCAACUGUCAUGGGCAACUUGCUUAUUAUUGUGACUGUGAAGUGCAGCCGGAUGCUUGGAAGCCCCAUGUACUUCUUCCUGUUUUAUUUGUCCCUUACUGAUUUCUGUUUUUCAACAUCCAUAACUCCCAGGCUGCUUGUGGAUUCUCUCUCUUCAAAGAAAAUCAUAUCUUACAAUGAAUGUCUGACUCAAGUCUUUGCACUGCACUUAUUUGGAGCCAUGGAAAUCUUUGUCCUGAUCCUCAUGUCUGCUGAUCGCUAUGUGGCCAUCUGUAAGCCCUUGCGUUACCCAACCAUCAUGAGGCGACAAGUCUGCAUCAUCCUGAUUAUCCUUUCCUGGACAGGAUCCUUCAUACAUUCUAUAGCUCAGAUUAUGCUGGCCUUAGAAUUGCCUUUCUGCGGUCCGAAUUUGAUUGAUCAUUAUUGUUGUGAUUUGCAGCCUUUGCUAAAACUUGCUUGCACGGACACUUACGCAAUCAAUUUGCAACUGGUUUGUAACAGUGGGGUCCUUUGUACAACUGGUUUUGUGAUGCUAAUCAUCUCGUACAUAGUCAUUUUGUAUUCUCUGAGAAAUCACAGUGCAGAAGGGAGGAGAAAAGCUCUCUCUACUUGCACUUCACAUGUCACUGUAGUAGUCUUAUCAUUUGGGCCUUGUAUAUUUAUAUACACACGCCCUCCUAUCACUUUUGCUGUUGACAAGAUGGUAGAAAUAUUUUACACAAUUGGAAUACCCUGCCUCAACCCACUCAUUUAUACACUGAGGAAUGCAGAAAUGAAAAAUGCCAUGAGAAAAUUAUGGCAUAUCAAAACUGCCACUGGGAGUAGAGAUUGA